AUGUCGAACCAAAAUCGACUCCAAGUCGCCCCCACGGUGACGCAACUCGCCGUGAUCAAGCUCCGCUUACAGGGCGCGGUCCGAGGUCACGCGUUACUGAAGAAGAAGGCGGACGCGUUGACGUUGCGACACCGCGCCGUGUUGAAAGCGAUCGUUGAGAGAAAGACCACUCUGGGAGAGAUCAUGCGCGAGGCGCACUUCUCGUGGACCCGAGCGCGACACGCGGGCGGUGAGAGCGUGAAACACGCGGUGUUGGACGGGGUCGAGCGGGCGAAGGUUCGCGUGCGUGCUUCGGAGGAAAAUGUGGCUGGGGUGAAAAUUCCAAAAUUUUUCUUGCGGGACACGGGCGCGGAGCAGCGGCGGAUGGAGCUCGCGGGUCUGGGGCGAGGCGGGGCGCGAGUGAGAGAAGCGAGAGGGGCUUUUGAGAAAGCGAUGACGUUGUUGAGUGAGUUGGCGUCGUUGCAGACGGCUUUUGUGACCCUGGAUGAGGCGAUUCGGACGACGAACAGACGGGUGAACGCGUUGGAAAAUUAUGUGACACCGCGAUUGCAAAACACAGUGAAAUACAUCUUGGGUGAACUCGAUGAGCUCGAGCGGGAGGAAUUUUUCAGGUUGAAAAAGGUUCAAGCAAAGAAGAAGCGGGACGUGGAGCAAGCGGAGCGGGAGGUGGCGGAGAUCGUUGCAGACGACGAGGCGUUGAGGAUCGCUUCGGAGGAGUUGCGAGCGUACGACGACGUCGUUAGAGGCGAGGGUGGUCGAGGGGCGGGCGGGAAUCUCAUUGAGACGGAACAAGAUGAGGAUUUGUUGUUUUAG